GUAAUCGAAGCAAUGAGUUAAAAGACAUUUUAGUUCGAGAUUCUAGUUUUCCGACCUUCCGUAUUGUCAGAUUUUAGAUAAUUUAUGGUCUUCAUUUUUAUUUUUGUACGAAAUAAAGUAAAGAACAGUUUGUAUUGUCAUUCUUUGUUAAAUAUGUUGUUGUAUGCAGUUGGAAAGUUCAGAAAUGGAAGGCUGGGAUAGUUACAAAAAUAUUGUUGAAGAGUUGACAGAUACUGGUAACCAGCGAGAGUUAUGGGGAAAGAGAUCAAGUAGGAAAGAUUUAAGAGAAAGUUUUGAAAAAAUAAACCAGAAUGAAGAAACGAUUGAUAGCAAUAUUGCUGGAUUUGUAUCAAGUGAUGAUGACGAUGACUUGAUCAAUCCAGGACUCUCCACAGCACAGGAAAUAUCUUCAUCUAGUGCCAAGCGGGAUUUUGUCAACACAAAACGAUUUAUUGAUAAGAGUAAAAGACAUAAGAAACGUAAUGACAAAUACCACAGCACAUUUGGACAACAUCCUCACAAAACUCCUGAAACAAUCCUCGCAAACCACCCCUGGAGUGGACCCCAAUACCACCUGGGAUGUUGUCACUCCUACCACUUCCCACAGUAUUUAUGCCACCAGUGAAAUGCUGCCUCAUUCCACCCCAGAUAGUAUUCAUUUGACUACCCCUUGUACCACUUCCCAUAUUGAAGCUAAAAUGGGGAUCCCUGGUGGAGUCUCAAUCACAACCCAAAAGGCAAAUGACAAGAGCUGGAGACUCUUCGCAAACACUUUUGAGAGUUCAUUUACAGGAAGUCCUCAGAGAGAACCUGAUUCAUUGACAUUAUCCAGUCAUCUUAUGUUACCACAGAAGGAUUUCAAAGAUGAUAUAACAUGGAAUGACAGUGAUAGCGAAGAAGAAAGACUUUCUUCUGCCAAAACUGAAAGUCCUGUUGUUUUAUCUCAGGAUGGGAUUACUCUUUCCACACACCAUACCCAAUCAAGUCAAGCCAGUGUCAAUAUUGAUGACUUUGACUCUGAUCAUGAAACCUGUACUGAUGAACUUAUUAACAAGGAAAGCAGCCCAAGCAUUAGUUCCAAUACCCCCACACCUCCCCCCUCUCCUACCUUCACCCCCUGUACUCCAAACAAGAAAGUGGAGAUUUGCCCACCUCACAACUCAACAAAGAAACAGAGGCAGAAGUAUUUCAGAGGAGGAUUAGCUGAAAGGUUGCACAAACUGACCAUAGAAGAACAUUUCUACAGGACGUUUUGGCAUCAUCAGAUGCAACAGAAGAGAGACAAUAAUGAUGAAUCACCGUCUGCUGCUGCUGCUGGAGACUUUGUGAGAGUACGGGUACUAUCAGAGACACUGGAUCAUAAUGUGUACAUCGUGAGAUGUCACGUGUUAUCCCAUGAUUCUCACCUGCCAGAACACGUGAUCGUUUUACUAGACAGGGAAAGAAGAAAAACUUUAGAGAACAAUAUAACAGGAUCUCUCAGGAUUUAUGCCCCAUGGAAACUUGUUCAUCUUCCUACGUCCUCACAAACAGUUAUUAUGAAUAUGGCGCAUUGUGAAUUUAUUCCGUGUGAAAGUUUAGACUUUACACUGCACGAUAUUUCUAAUUUGUCACUUGAAGAUAAAAAAGCAAACAUCCAGGAAACGCAUUCGGCGGGAGACGGGGAUGAUAUUGACAGGGUUCUUUCUAAGGAGAACGAGCGUCAGAAAGAGCAGACUGUUGUGAAUUGGCCUCUACAAGAUUUCUUACGAGAUGAGAGAGUAUCGAUGUCAACGAGGGUUAAUCUUACUGCUAGGGUUCAGAGGAUAUUUUGGCGGAGUGUGGAAGUUAAGACUCAAGAUAUUGAUUUAGGAAGUUCCUGGACAUCGCAAAUCAUUCAGAGUGCGAAACUUUCGAGAAAAAAGAACCGAAUGAGUUUAUGUUAUUUGAUGCAAGGCGUUACAGGUUCCUACUGUGAGGUUCAGAUAUCUGAAGAUAUUUUAGUGAACAGAAAAGACUGGCAUGAAGUUUUGUGUCGAUCUGAAGGAACAGUUUUAUCAUUUUCCCAACUCCGACUGAUUCGACUAAGAAAUAGAGAUGGAGCGCGUCAGAUGUUUAAUUUAAUCGAUGCUUUAAAAGAAACUAGCGCUGAGGAUCAGCUGUCAUUUUUUACCUUUACCUUUGACGAAUGUUCUUCAAUAGAAGCUGUUUCUCAGAACAAUAUUUCAGAUUAUCCUGGCUACAUUACUCCUGAGUAUUUGAACGUAAACAUCUCAAGUUCUGCACCUCGCGCUCCAAGCCGUCGUGUGAAGGUUUAUGGAAAUCUACUUCAUGCAAAAUUCACAAGCGAUAAAUUCGACCGAUUUAAACAUUUUCUUUUGUGGGUCUCUGGAAGAUUUUUCGCAGCACAAGACGGUGCGAAAUGUGAUCUUGCGUCUACGGUCUCCGUUAUCCAAGUUCACUAUUUCAGCGGUAGAACAGUAGAAUGGAAUGAAACCACACUGCUACCUGGCCAGCUGUUGUCCAUUCAAGACUUGGUGUAUGAUAAAGCAAAACCAAAAAUUCUGACAGCAGAUAUAUUUUCAAAGAUUCAGCUUGUAUUCUCUCAGUCUUUUAUUCCUUGCUAUGAUCAACAGUUAUCAGAGAUCCACCAGUUUUGGCGUCAAACCAUGACGGUGUUUAUGACAGAAAAAGAAUACACGUGUUUAAAAUCUCAACCCUUGCCUGUGUUGCCAAAUUUGAGCGAGAAUUGUGUUAUCGAAUCUUUAGUAAUAUUGGAAGGAACAAUUUCAGGCGUCGAUAAAGAGAAUGCCUUUUGUUGGUUUUCAUGUCCCAACUGUAGCAGCGAGUGUAUUUCAGAACCUUACGACAGUGAUUCACAAUAUCAGUGUAACUCAUGUUUGUGGAAUUUCAACUCUCCUGUUACCAACAUGAAUCUUGAAGUGUACAUAAGGUCCAGAUCUUUACCAGCACUGAAUCCCAAAGUGAAGCUUCUUCAACGAUCUAUAAAUGAAUUAUUGUCGGGUUCACAGAAAGACAGUCAGGAGACAUAUCAAGUCGAUUGUGUACUGAAUAAACAUCUCGGACCAUUGUAUUGUUGUAUCGUGGAGAAAACUCAAGACGAAAACUCAGAGAUAAGUUUUAAACUUGAAGAAUUAGACAGCAGUGCUUGGGGCACACGUAAAUUCCUCUAGUUAUUAUGA